AUGCUACUGGCGUCAAGUGGAGUCCAUGGGUUCUAUUUACCAGGAGUGGCUCCAACCGACUAUGAGAAGGAUGAACGAGUACCCCUGUUUGUCAACAGCAUGACGCCUUCUAAUUUUUAUGGAAGUGCCAACGGGUUGACCAGUGUGGUUCCAUAUGACUACUAUUUCCGAGCUUUUCAUUUCUGUCAACCUGAAGGUGGUCCCAAACGCCAGAGCGAGUCUUUGGGAUCAAUUCUGUUUGGAGAUAGAAUCUUUAAUUCACCUUUUGAGCUUUAUAUGCUUAAGAAUGAGACCUGUAAGACCCUAUGUACUGCUAAGUAUCCUUUCCGUGAUACUCUGUUUGUCAUUCGUAAGAUCUGGAGCGAGUAUAACUUCAAUUGGCUUAUUGAUGGUCUCCCAGCUGCUCACGAGGUUCAAGAUGAGAGCACAGGAACUAGUUUCUAUAGUGCUGGAUUCCCACUUGGAUCAGCUAACUAUGAGAAAGAAGAAUUUUUCAUUCACAACCACUACGAUAUUAAGAUUGAGUACCAUCAGGCACUUUCUGGAAAAUACCGGGUUGUUGGUGUCACAGUUGAGCCAGCAUCUCGUGAGAAUAAGCCUGACGAGAAGGGAAAUGUUUUUUGCAAGGUUGAUGACAAACCAUUUAUGUUACACGAGACUGAAAGUACCGACACUGAUACCGAAGUUCCAUACACCUAUUCAGUUACCUGGAUCCCCUCUAGCACAUCAUGGGCCACUAGAUGGGACAAGUAUCUUCAUGUGUAUGAUGCAAACAUUCAUUGGUUCUCGCUUCUUAACUCUGCUAUUAUCGUUGUUUUCCUUACCAUGAUUGUUUCUGGUAUUUUGCUGCGUGCCAUUCGUAAGGAUAUUGCUCGUUAUAACGAGAUCGAUCUCUCGGAAGAUAUUCAAGAAGACUCUGGUUGGAAACUUGUUCAUGGUGAUGUUUUCCGUCCUCCCAAGCAAAAGAUGCUGCUGUCGGUAUUCCUUGGAAGCGGCAGUCAGCUUCUUGCCAUGACAUUAGUUACCUUAGUUUUCGCCUUGUUCGGAUUCAUUUCUCCUUCUAAUCGUGGAUCUCUCUCUACAGUCAUGAUUCUGUUCUACACAUUUUUCGGCAUUAUUGGCGGUUAUGUAUCGGCUCGUGCUUAUAAGACAUUUGGUGGAGAGUCCUGGAAACUCAACCUCAUUCUCACUCCAGUUGUGGUUCCUGGUAUUGUAUUUGUGGCCUUUAUCUUGCUCAAUUUCCUGCUUAUUUUUGCCAAGUCGUCUGGUGCAGUUCCUAUUGGCACUAUGAUUGCACUCAUUGCUAUGUGGUUCAUUAUCUCUGCUCCAUUGUCGGUUGUAGGAGGAUUCCUCGGCACUAAGCGCGAAGCUUAUGAAGCUCCAGUGCGUACUAACCAGAUUCCUCGUCAAAUCCCCACUCAACCCACAUAUCUGCGCCCAGUUCCAAGUAUUCUCCUUGCCGGAAUCUUGCCAUUCUGUGCCAUUUUUGUCGAGCUGUACUUUAUUCUCAGCUCUAUAUGGUUCCACAAGAUUUACUACAUGUUUGGAUUUUUGUUCCUGUGCUUCACCAUCAUGGUUGUGACUUCAUCGACCGUCACAGUACUGAUGAUUUAUUUCACACUGUGUGCCGAGAACUACAAUUGGCAAUGGCGUUCGUUCAUCCUAUCAGGCUCUGCAUCCAUCUACAUCUUCCUCCAUUCAAUUAUCUACCUUGUCAGCAAGCUGUCACUCGGCGGGUUCAUCUCGAACGGUCUUUAUCUUGGCUACAGUCUGCUAAUCAGUUUCGUGUUUUUCAUCCUCACGGGAACUGUUGGCUUCAUUGCCAGUUUCUUCUUUGUCAGAAAGAUCUACUCGUCCAUCAAGAUCGAUUAG